AUUCUUCAUUGAGUGAGCAGUCACAAGAUAUUUUGACGCGAAUGAAAAUGGUUCUUGUCACAGGAAUCGUUCAUAGGAGCAUAGGGACAUAAGUGCUGAUUUUUUUAACUAAACACUUCUAAUGUUUAGGUUGACAGUUUCGCCGCUCCAUAGAAAUAUCCCGGUCGUUAUGAUUGCAACCAGUCAGCACUCGCUGAUGUGGAUCCUGCGCCACCCUCCGCCCGUAAUUUGCUUUUCUGUGUUAAAGUCCCGAAGAUUUUAAUUCCUCCGGUUAACACUGAGUUAUCAUUUAAGCACAACGAACAAGUCAUACCUGAUUUUUGUAACAACCUGUGAUCGCUACCUCUCGCUACUUAAAUAAGAUUUGCCUUCAACUCUAUUGGAAUUAGAUCAGUGUGAAAGAUUCAUCAGUGCAGGUAUACAUUUUAAACCUCAUUUCUAACAAUCACAAAGUAAUUGAUUUUUUUCAAGGAAUCUCUCACAGAAACCUCUCAAUUCUUUUAUAGUCAUUUUCAACUAUCGAUUAGCAGUGGAACCAGGUACCGCUGAAACGCUUGCUGCAUAAUUUCUAUUCAUUGUUAUUCGCGCCUAAGAUGAAGGCCUUUCUUUCAUUUAGACCACUUGAGAGGGUGUUAAUAAAACACAUAAAUAUCGCUUAAUGUGUCUAUAAAAAGCUAGGACGGUGUGAUGCCUGUGCUGUGCAUUGCUUUAUGAAUUUGUGCCCUGUUGAAUCUGAAUGUGCAUCAGUGAUUACAAUGCUGCAGUUUGCUUUGUGGAACUGAAAUACCAAAAGAUUUUAAAGACAUCAAUGUAUCUUUGGCCAUGUUCUCGGGGUUGCUCCUUUUUCUCUGAAUUUAGUAAUCUGCACUCUCUAAGGGCUGCAGCGACAUCCUGGUGCUGCCUACAAUACUGACCAAGCCCAAAGUGCCUUCGAAUGAACCAGCAGUCGCCUGUGGUGUGCUGUGUGUUUUCCACAGGUGUAAAGUUAAUGAUGUGCCCAGUGAAUAGAACAGCAUCCUGUGUAUUCAGCAUUGAUCUCCGACAGCAGGAUUGGAAACCAGGCAACAAUAGUAGCCUUGAUGUUUGGGCAGGAGAGGAGCAAACUAGCGAUCGUGGCCAUCUCCGCAAGUGGAGGCCGCUGACGCUGAGAAAUUUCAAUUCAAAACUCCGAGACUUCGAAAGACUUUCAGAGAAAAGGGAAGCUUCAAUUAUUAAAACAUGAUUGGCGUUCGUCUGGACACGACCCCCUCCCCCCAAAAAACUUGGUCAAGAAACAAAUAAUUGUUUAAUUCCAACACGUGCCGAGGCGAAGAAGUCCAUCCCACUAAUAUUCCCCCCGCCCCCCCAUAGUGCUGACCAACAUCUGGGAAGUGUGGCACCGCCUUAGGAAGGACUUGGAUGAUAUUGGGAUCAUAACUGUGGUCUCGAAAGACCGAGCAUCAUGGGCGAGAAUGGCUAACACUGUUUGGCAGCUGCGACACGGUAACAAGUAGUCCAAGAAUCUAUGAUUGGGGAUUUUAUUCGCUGCCUGCUGCAAUCAACAUCUGACGGUGCACACGAUUUUUGAACAAAAGAGCAAACUGUGGCAAAUCAGAUGUGAAACAUUUCUGCCAAACAGUGCAAAGCACCUCACCAGGGCGAGAGGCACUUUGUCAUUAACUCUGAGCUUGCUCUUUGAAAGAGAGCCUGCUGGAAGGAAUAAGAAGGAAGGACACUGGCACUUUCCGUUGACUCCGGGCCAGUCUAAGUGUCAGUGUCAAAGGCGGCCUGAGUCCUGGACGUGCAGACAUCACGGUUUGAAUGUUGAGGCGGUCGGAUUUCAGAUGGAGAAUCCCAGCCGCUGGGGUAGACAGCGUGUCAAACUGAACUUUUAAUGCGGCUCAGUCCCGAAUGACGCCUUCAGCGAUCUGCAUAUCGCACCGCUUCUCGAUUUGUUAUAACUGCAGAGGAAAGAUCUUGAAUUUGGAAUGAAGUGGCCUGAGACCAUCCGGAGCAGGUUUUCAAUCAAAAUGCAAUACUUGAAAUAUGCAAUAAAUACAGAAGAUGCGGGAAACAAACAGCAGACCCAUCAAAAUAUUUAAAGGAAACUAUUAUUUCAGGCGCAGCUAUUUCUCCGAACAAUUGGGAUGAGGCCUCAUCAGUGCUAAUUACACAGCAGAGUGAAAUGAUGGCAAACUCAACAGAGGCAAAUGAAUCUCUCAGCAACGUAACAGGCUUGUUUGACCCUGAAAGAGGGAGUUCUUACAAAAUGGUUGAAGUGAUCUUCAUUGUGAUUGUGGCAGGAUCUUUAAGUUUGGUGACCAUUAUAGGAAACAUUCUGGUCAUGGUUUCUAUCAAAGUAAACAGACAUUUACAAACUAUUAACAACUACUUUAUUUUCAGCUUAGCCUGUGCUGAUUUGAUUAUUGGUGUAUUCUCUAUGAAUCUAUAUACCAUUUAUAUUGUAAUUGGCUACUGGCCAAUGGGCCCAGUGGUGUGUGAUUUGUGGCUUGCUCUAGAUUAUGUUGUCAGUAAUGCCUCUGUCAUGAAUCUCCUUAUCAUCAGCUUUGACCGCUACUUCUGCGUGACAAAACCCCUUAGCUACCCUGUGAAGAGAACAACUAAGAUGGCAGGGAUGAUGAUCGCAGCUGCUUGGGUGCUGUCAUUUAUCCUGUGGGCUCCUGCCAUUCUCUUCUGGCAGUUCAUCGUAGGGGGGCGAACAGUUAGUGAGGGUGAGUGUUAUGUACAGUUUUUCUCAAAUCCAGCUGUUACUUUUGGCACUGCUAUAGCUGCCUUCUAUCUCCCUGUAAUUAUUAUGACGAUUUUGUACGUGCACAUAUCUCGUGCCAGUAAGAGUCGAAUAAAGAAGAAUAAGAAGGAACCUGAAUCAAGCAAGGGCACUGUUUCUCCCAGUCUAGUGAAGGGCAGAAUAAUGAAACCAAAUAAUAAUAACAUAUCAAAUACUCCUGAUCAGUUGCCGCACAUCAAAAUGCAAAAUGGCAAAAUAACUGGUGACAUAACAAUUGAUAAUUGUGGUCAAGGAGAGGAAAAGGAGCUUUCCAACGAGUCAACUUCCCUCAGUGUGGUCCCAUCAAACCAGAAGGAGGAAGGGGCAAUCCAAGAGAGCUCAAACAUCUCUACUACACAAAGUCGUUUCAGGAUGGACAACUCUAAACUCUCGUGUAUAAAGAUAGUUAGCAAUUCUCAAAAAAGUGACUACUGUGGCACCACAGUAGAAAUAGUACCAGGUAGCAGCAAGAAUGGGAGUGACAGAGAGAUCAGAGCAGCCCAUAAGAUCAUUAAAAUGACCAAGACCCCCGCUAAGAAGAAGAAGGCAGCUGUAACCCGAGAGAAGAAGGUGACUAGGACCAUCCUGGCUAUUCUCCUGGCAUUUAUCAUCACCUGGACUCCAUACAAUGUCAUGGUGCUCAUUAACACCUUCUGUUCAAUCUGUGUCCCCAACACAGUCUGGACUAUUGGAUACUGGCUCUGUUACAUCAACAGUACCAUCAACCCAGCCUGCUAUGCACUGUGUAAUACUACCUUCAAAAAAACCUUCAAGCAUCUUCUCUUGUGUCAGUACAAGAACAUUGGUGCAACAAGAUAAAAACAGCUACAAGCACAACUUUAUGAACAUUUUAUACAUAUUGAUGAUGGUGACUUUCAUAAUAUACAUCCAAAAAUGUAUGUAAGUAAUAUGUUAAUUGUGUCAGAUUAUGGGUCAAGUAAACAUCUAUUAUAUGUAAUAUUGAAAGCACAUUUAAAUUAUAUCCAAUGAAUUUGUAAUGUCUGUUAUAAAUGAAGGGUGUGCUGAUUGUUAGAAUGUAUUUAUGAGUGAACUGGAAGAUGAAUUUGCCCAAAAUUUAAGCACCAUAAAAUAUAGCAUAAACAUGUUUAAUGCGGAAUGUUCACUUUUACAACAUUACUCAAUAUGAAAAAUGUUAAUGAGUUAUAUUAUUGUAAUAUAACUUAUCCAGUUUCUUCAAAUCAUACAAUGUACAUGGUG